AUGUCACAGAAGAGCAUUCUCAGCUUGUGGUUAUUCAUCCUUCACUUGAGAGCUGGAGCUUCUGGAGCAGAAGAACUGAAUGGAGUUCUGGGGGAGUCCGUCACCUUCCAGCUGAAGACGAAUCUGUCAUUUGUAUCCAUUUUCUGGAGUAAAAUUGUUGGCAGCAAGUCUGAAAAUAUUUCCGUAGUGGCCUUUGGGGAGCCCCCUGGCCUCCUGGUCCCCCUCCCGUCCUUUCAGAAGAGAGUGAACAUCUCCAAGGACUGCAGAGAAUUACAUCUCAGCCAACUAGAGAAAGAGGACACUGGCAGAUACACCGCAGGAAUUGUUCUGCAAAGCAGAGAGACGGUGGACGAGUCCUUUGAUCUGCGAGUUUUCAACCUUGCAGAAGCUUCUGGAACAGAAGAAGUGAGUGGCAUUCAGGAGGAAACUGUCACUUUCAAAGUGAGGAAAACUCCACCAUAUAAAAAGACUAUCUGGAGCAAAAUAGACAGCAACCAGACAAUCCAUAUUGCUGUGGUGCUCUAUGGGGAGCCCUGUGGCCUCCUGGUCACCCUCCCAGCCUUUCAGAAGAGAAUCACUUCACAAAACAGAAUGGUGGUGGACGAGUCCUUUGAUCUGCGGGUUUUUAGUAAGUAUCCCAGCCAUGGCAGGGAAUUCCUGACCUCCCGCUUUGCCCAGGGGGAUGUGCACAGGACGUUUGUUAGAGACUCUUGGCUGACUGACUUGCACUCCUGA